AUGACCGUCACCACCCCGGCCCCGACUCGCGAGCGCUUUGGCUAUCUCUUCGGCCACCCAAUCGCCCACUCCAUGUCCCCGUUGCUGCACCAGACCGUGUACGACGGCAUCGGCCUGAACUGGGAGCAGGAGAUGCUCGACUCCACAGACAUGCAGGACUUUCUCGAGCGGAUAAAAGACCCGCGGUUCUACGGCGCCGCCGUGACCAUGCCGCACAAAGUCGCCAUCCUCAAGCACGUCGACGCCCUCACCGACGAAGGCCGCGAAGUCGGCGCGUGCAACACGCUCUUCUUCCAGCACGACCCGCACACCGGCGCCCGCGUCCUCACCGGCACCAACACCGACGUCGUCGGCAUCCGCGACGCCUUCUACCACAACGUGCGCGUCCCGGACGCGACCUUCCACGGCCGGCCGGCGCUGGUCGUGGGCGGCGGCGGCGCCGCGCGCUCCGCCGUCUACGCCCUGCGCAAGUGGAUGCGCGCCACCGACAUCUACAUCGUGAACCGCGACGAGGCCGAGGUGCGCGCCGUCGUCGACGAGUGCGUCGCCCGCGGCUUCGGCGACGGCCUCGUGCACGUGCGCGACGUCGAGCAGGCGCGCGCCCUCGAGGGUCCCGGCGCCGUCGUCAGCUGCGUGCCCGAUUUCCCGCCGCGGACCGAGAAGGAGGUCGUCGCGCGCUUGGUGCUGGAGGAGCUGCUCUCGAAGCCGCACAAGGGCGCCGUGUUGGAGAUGUGCUACCAUCCCAGUCCGUGGACCGCGAUUGCGGAGGUGGCCGAGGGGAAGGGUUGGGAAGUCAUUUUGGGGACCGAGGCGAUGAUAUAUCAGGGGCUGGAGCAGGAUAAGUACUGGACCGGCAAGGAAGUUUCCGAGCUGCCGGUGGAGAAGGUCAAGGCGGUCAUCGCUGCCAAGUUGGCCGAGUCGAGCAAGUCGGCAAGCGGCCAUCCAGCCACCAAUGGCCAUUCGAAUGGCACCAACGGCGCCAAUGGUCAGGCCCACUAA